AUGCGUUACUCCUUCGCCGCCUCCACCCUUCUUGGCCUUGCUGCCGCCCUUCCUCAGAGAAUCAACAUUGACGCUGCCUUGGCUGUUCCUACUCCCUCGAUCUUGGGACCCAAGAUCGAGGACACAAAGCCUGCUGAGCCUACUUACAACCCCAUUGCCGCUGCUUCUGCUGUUGCUGCUGUCGUUGAGAGCGAGGGUGUCAUCCAGAAGCGUGAUAGCCUAACGGUGGGGAAGCGUGAUGCUUGUGAUACACAGCCUCUUGGCAACGGCCCUACUAUCUCACCUGACACUGCCACGGCAUUCUCCUCGGCUACUGAGUUGAGUGAGAUCGCUCGAAAUGCUGGGACUCCGUCUGGUUACAAGCAGUCAUUUGUAGACGAGAGCGGAAGCUCCCAACAGAUUGGCUACCUAACCUACAAGAUUUACCAGACAUACGAUGUCCAGGGCUGUGCUGAUGCCUGCGACGGCGAGAAGUACUGCCUUGGCUUCAAUAUCUACUUCGAACGCGACCCAUCUCUUGAGCCUGGACCUAAUUGCCCUAACCCCCCUUCCACGAACAACAUCAAAUGCUCUCUCUACGGUUAUCCUGUCGCAGCCAAGGCUGCCACGAAUAUGGGCCAGUGGCGUCAAGACUUUCAAGUCGUGAUUGCCGGUAGCAACGGUUAUACCAAAACCAACAAAGGUCUGCCAAACGUGGAUGACUUCAAGGCUCCGACUAGUCUACCAGCAGCUAUCAACGCGCCUCUCGAUAACGGCUUUGAUACCUACAACGGCAUGCGCCUUUUCAACGAUAACCCAUUCGACCCUACACUCUGUGCUGCUGCAUGCAAAGCCCAAACGGAAUACGACAUGGCACAUCCCGACUCUGAUGGCACUUACAAGCCUUGCAACUUCUUCACCACCUAUAUCCUGACUCAGAAUGGCGUCCCCCUUGGCACUUACUGCGCCUUCUACACACGCUCCUGGGACCCUAGCUAUGCCGUCAACACUGGCUACUAUGCCGGCGACGAUGAGUACAAGGUAAUCAACGCUGGCUCGUAUGAAAUCACCAGUCCCAACCUUUCGCCAUCGCCAUCGCCCUCUCCAUCUCCAUCGCCCUCUCCGUCGCCAUCUCCAUCGCCCUCUCCAUCUCCAUCGCCCUCUCCAUCUCCAUCGCCUUCUCCGUCGCCAUCUGCUGUCGAUGUCACUCCAACCCCAAGCCCAACCCCGACUCCCACACCUACCCCCGUCCCGACGCCGUCCGUUGUCUGCGGAGCCACCAACCUCAGACGAAGCGCCAUGACACCCCAGCGAACCAUCCGCAUGGGGAGCGGCGCCCCAUUCGACCCCGCUCUCUGCAAAAACUUCUGCCGCAGCCUGGGUACCUGCCGCAGCUUCGGGGUCCAAGGUCCAAACUGUGAACUGUAUCCUUUCUCUGUCGCCCAGGUUCAAUGGACUAGCGAUGCUGAUGGUGCGGCAACGAGCGUGUCAUACAGGUUUUAUGAUAUUGGGUGUGCGUUGUAG